AUGCCUCCGAAACAGCAGGCUGGCUGCAUCCUCCUGACAUUCCUGGGUCUGGCUGGGCUGGUUGGCACAGUGACCAGAACAUACCACAUUGGCAUUGUAGAAGAAUAUUGGAACUAUGUACCCCAAGGGAAGAAUGUUAUUACUGGGAAAAGUUUCACAGAAGACAAACUUGCAACCUUAUUUCUCGAAAGAGGACCCAACAGGAUAGGUGGCAUUUACAAAAAGGCCAUUUACAAACACUUCACGGAUGAGACCUAUUCCACAGAGAUCUCCAAACCUUCCUGGCUGGGAUUCCUGGGCCCCAUCUUGAGGGCUGAAGUGGGCGAUGUGAUUGUCAUUCAUUUAAAGAACUUUGCGUCUCGGCCUUAUUCUUUGCACCCACAUGGCGUUUUCUAUAACAAAGAUUCAGAAGGAGCCUUAUACCCAGAUGGAACAUCUGGAAGGAAUAAAGAUGAUGACAUGGUUCCUCCUGGCAAAAACUUCACCUACGUCUGGCCAGUGAGAGAAGAGUAUGCACCUGCUGCAGCGGAUGCCAACUGCCUGACCUGGGUGUACCACUCGCACAUCGAUGCCCCCAAGGACAUCUGCUCUGGGCUCAUCGGCCCCCUGCUGGUGUGCAAGGAAGGUAUCCUAAACAGAUAUUCAGCUACCAGGACUGAUGUGGAUCGAGAGUUUAUUAUAAUGUUUACUCUCGUGGAUGAGAAUCAAAGCUGGUACCUCGAUGAAAAUAUUAAUCAUUUCUGCACUGACCCCAAUUCUGUUGAUAAAGAAGAUGCUGUUUUCCAAAGGAGUAACAAAAUGCAUGCCCUCAAUGGAUACCUCUUCGGAAACUUCCCUGAGCCUGAUAUGUGUGUUGGAGAAUCUGUGUCCUGGCACCUCUUUGGAAUGGGGAAUGAGAUAGACAUCCACUCCAUCUAUUUUUAUGGUAACACCUUCCUCAGCAGGGGACAUCGGACGGAUGUUGUCAACCUGUUCCCUGCCACCUUCCUCACAGUGGAAAUGGAAGUCGAGAAUCCCGGGAAGUGGAUGAUAACCUGCCAAGUGAGCGACCACCUACAAGCUGGUAUGCUGGGCCAAUACAAUGUCAAUAACUGCAAAAGUGAUAUUUUUAAUCCCAAAAUGAAGGGUCGACUAAGGCGCUACUUUAUAGCAGCUGAAAAAGUUCUUUGGGAUUAUGGUCCUCAACGCUAUGACAAAUUCAGUGGUCUUCCCCUCAAUGCCUCUGGCAGUAAUUCUGAGCUCUACUUCACACAAGGAGACAACAGAAUAGGAGGAAAAUACUGGAAAGCUCGAUAUUCUGAGUUUGUUGAUGUAACUUUUACCCAAAGAAAGAGACUGUCAGCUUCAGAAGUCCAUCUUGGAAUUCUUGGCCCAGUCAUCAAGGCAGAGGUGGGUGAUACCUUGUUAGUGACCUUUGCCAACAAAGCUGACAAAGCCUACAGCAUUUUGCCCCAUGGUGUGAUCUAUGACAAGGCAUCUGAUGCAGCCCCAAACAUAGACGGAUUUCAGAAACCCGGGGCGCAUGUUAAACCAGGUGAAACCUUUACAUACAGGUGGACAGUGCCUGAAAGCGUGAGCCCUACGGCCGAUGACCCUCCCUGUCUGACCUAUCUUUACUUCUCAGCAGUUGACGCAAUCAAAGACACAAACUCUGGCCUUGUAGGGCCUUUGCUAGUCUGUAAAAAGGGUGUUCUCAAUGCUGAUGGGACUCAGAAAGGAAUAGACAAGGAGUUUUACCUAUUGUUCACAGUCUUUGAUGAGAACCUCAGCAGAUAUCUUGAUGAAAACAUUCAGAAGUUCACCUGGCGUCCUGGCAGUGUUGACAAAGAAGAGAAGGAGUUUGUGCAGUCCAACCGAAUGCACGCUGUUAAUGGCUACAUGUACGGCAACCAGCCAGGCCUGAACAUGUGCAAAAAGGACAGAGUUUCCUGGCAUAUGAUUGGAUUGGGUACGGACACCGACAUGCAUGGAAUUUCUUUUCAAGGGAACACCAUCCACCUCCGAGGGACCCACCGAGACUCCCUCACCCUGUUUCCCCACAUGGCCACAACAGCAUUCAUGCAACCAGAUCAUGCAGGGACCUUCAGGGUGGUCUGUGCCACUAUGUACCACCUCUUGAGAGGCAUGGGCCAGAUCUAUGAGGUCAACAGCUGUGGCAACAAGGACCCUUUUGAGCAGCCGUACAGGAUGAUAAGAACGUUUUACGUCGCUGCUGAAGAGGUAGAAUGGGAUUAUGCCCCUAACAAAAACUGGGAGUUCGAAAAGCUGCCCUUGGACGCAAGAGGGGAAAGACACGGAGAUAUAUUUAUGAACCACACUGAAAAUUGGAUUGGCUCUCAGUACAAGAAGGUGGUUUACAGGGAAUACACCAAUGGAGAAUUUGUGGAGAUCAAAGCUCGGCCGCCGCGGGAAGAGCACUUAGAACUCCUGGGCCCAAUGAUUCAUGCCGAGGUGGGUGACUCAAUCCUGAUUAUAUUUAAGAACAAAGCCACGCGGCCCUACUCCAUCUCAGCCCAAGGUGUAGAGGAGAUGGAUGUUGGAAAGAAGUACCAAGUGCCCACCACAAAUCCAGGAGAAAUAAAAACUUACAGAUGGAAUAUCCCUCCAAGGUCUGGUCCAGGGACCUCUGAUCCCAGUUGCAUUCCCUGGGUUUACUAUUCCACAGUUAACUUUGUGAAGGAUACAUACAGUGGUUUGAUGGGUCCUCUGAUUGUAUGUCGAGAAGGAAUAUUGAAUGAAAAGGGAAGAAGAAGUGAUGUUGAUUAUGAAUUUGCUCUCUUGUUUUUGGUAUUUAAUGAGAAUGAAUCCUGGUAUCUGGAUGACAACAUUAAGAAGUAUCUCAAUAAAGAUCCACAAAGUUUUAAGCCCUCUGAUGAUUUCGAGGAGAGCAACAGAAUGCAUGCUAUUAAUGGAAAGAUUUUUGGGAAUCUCCAUGGCCUCAUAAUGAAUGAAAAUACAAUGACCAACUGGUAUUUGUUAGGGAUAGGAAGUGAAGUGGACAUUCACACCAUUCAUUACCAUGCCGAGAGCUUUCUUUUCAAAAUGGAUAAAUCGUACCGAGAAGACGUGUAUGAUCUCUUUCCCAUGACAUUCCAGACUAUUGAACUGUUUGCAGAUCACCCAGGGACAUGGCUGCUACACUGCCAUGUGUCUGAUCACAUCCACGCUGGCAUGGAGACCACCUACACGGUCCUCCGGGACAUAGACAACAGGACUCCCUACUCCACUCUGUCUCCUCCCAGAGGGCCGUCCCCGCCGGCCGCAGGGCCUUCUGAUGACCAACCCAGCAAGGAGAACCUCUAUUUCUUCGGCAAGAGUCUGGGUCCGAGAGGAGCCAAGGCAGCCUUGGUCAUCCUCUUCAUCAUUGGACUCCUCCUCCUGAUCGCCACCAUGAUUCUCUCCCUCAGACUCCGCUCUGCGAGGAAGCGGGUGGUUUACCAGGAGGUCCAGUCCUGUGCACUCCCCACAGAUGCUCUGUGAAUGGUCUGGUCUUCCUCAGCAGGGAGCGGGGAGGUCCCACAGCUGGGCAGCCAGAUGGCAGACAACAGGGAAAUUGGACCAAGGCAUCGUUCACCAAGGAAGGUUGACAGCCUCCUGGAUCAGGCUUCUGAUUCUCUGGGACAUCGUCCAAAGCACUUUGCUUUUGUUUACUUAUUUUUGACUGGGCUGUGAGUAAUCCUCAGGUAUCAAACACAAAAAAAGAAGCUGGGCAUAACUGAGAAGUGUCAACUCUUAGUCUUUUCUGGGGAUGAAUUGGCUUAAGUGGGAGACUCUUUGAAAGAUUUCUUUACAUUCCAUCUUUCAUAGUUAUUAAACAGUGCUUCCUCCACUGACCAUCAAAGUUUCUAAAUGAACAACUUCUUGAAGGCAUUACAGUGCCUCUAAUAGAAAGGAACUGAUUUUUCAACAUCAUUCCAUAAGGUGCUUCCUAUAGUUUUUUCUAGGGGAAAUAUCUUUCUGAGGAGUUUGUAGAAAUGUCCAAGUCAGUAUCUGCUGAUAGAAUUGGACCAAAUGGAGUUUUAGGGGGCUUUAGCCAGCUGUUCUGACCUUUUCCCCUUUAAUAUAAAUAACCUGUGCAUUGAUUGUUAUCAGAGGCAGAGUUGUAAGCUUUUUAAAACAAUUGCUGCUGUUUUCAUGCAAACCUGCAAAAAUACUUGAAUGUUUACAACUCACUUCAUGUUAUACGUUUUUACAACGUGUUUCUAUGACAGUGCUUAUAUUUUCAAAAAUCAACAAGAGAAGUUGUAUUCAUACACUUCAGACUGUGGGAGGGCUGGGAUCUGUGGAAGAGCAGGCUACUGUUUUCCCACAGUGAGUCAUAUACUCCUGGGGAGUUCAACGCAAGCUCAGAGGCAAACUUCGCAGGAGGCGAGUCUGGGCUUGAAUCUUGAGUCUGAUUUUUCAUUUAGUUCAGGGGCAUCUUCCAAGUCUCCAUCUUCUAUGAAAUAAUAACAGUGUUAUCAUGUGAGAAACCCCAAGAGGAAUUCAUCAACGCAGGUGACCGGGUGAAAGGAGAAGGGAUCUCUCAAAAGCCCCGGAUUCCACGCCUCUUAAAAACACAGCCCUGUAAGGAAGGGAGGAGGAAAAUAAUGAAAAAGAAAAAAAAAAAAAAGGCUGGUAAUAGAGUCUUGGUGGCAGUUUUUGAAACUGUUAAAUCAGAGUUGAAAAUAAGUUUUACAGUUUCCAAGGCUCAAGCGCAAAAAUAAACCACUGAGAAACUUCAUUCCACCCAUUACACGGCAAUCUGCAUUCUCUGUACUCAAGCUUAGAAAGUGGGCCUACCGUUAAUAAAAGCAACAUUGUGUUUUAUUACUAGAUCGAGAAAUCGCCCAAAGCAAGGUGCAUGGCCUGGGCUGGCAAUGCCGAUGUUAGCAGUGGAUCAUUUGAACGUCCAGGUGAAGGGCUAGGACCUAAUAAGUACUCUGGUGGUAGAGGGGCAUUUCAGACUUUCUCAUCUUCAUCUUGGAAAGGGGAAUCGGGUAAUUUGAUAGAAGCUAUAGGUUUACAUAAAAAAGAGGAUCCAAAUGCUAAUAGUUCUGUUCAUAGUUUGCUUGAAUGUCUUAUCAAACAGGAUACACAAAGAUUUUGAAUUUCAGCCUGUUAACCACUGACAAUGUGAUUUUGUAACACGUUCUACAGUUUCAUACAUCUGUAGGCUACAUAAUUUCAUAAUAAUUAUGGCCUUAUUUAUUACUCUCCUUUAGUAAGACAACAAAUUGUUCAGUCGUUAAGUUUUUUUCCUUUUCAGUUUAUUUUUUUAAUGAAAACAAAACCACAAAAUGCCUAGUUUGAUUAUAUCAUUUCUCUUUUUAAUAAAGUUUAACAUAA